UAUCAAGACCCUGUCUGCAGGAAAAUGGAACGACAUAUGACAAUGAAUGCCUGUACAAAUUAAGCUUCUGCAAGGGACUGGACAAUAAUACCUUGUAUCAUCCGGGCAGCUGUGAGGGCUUUCCAAUCAUUCAUGGUCGGGUAAAGCUCUUUCGAGUUCCCAAAUGGUCAGACUCAAGCUGCAAAAGAGUGGUAUUCCCACCAUACCGCUUCUAUCCAAACAAAGAAGUUCAAGUGCAGAUCACCCUUAGUCAUAUGAACCUGAAUGACUCCGACACGGUGCAUCAUGCUAUCACAUUUUGGACAGAAAAAGUCAACAAUCAAAAUUUUACAGUCUGCGCAAUGCAAUCUGGGAGGAAUGGAAACAACUUCAAUCCUUUCGCCACCAUUGAUUGGAUGGCGUACCAAGGAGCACCCCCCGAGGGAAUGACGGGAAGAAUCAAAAUGACAAAAUGGUGGUCAGGAACGAAUUGUGCAGAUGUGACGUUUCGAAAGGACAAGUUUAAGGAUUCACCGGUUGUUCUUGUGACAUCUGAUCACCAAAGAAGUGGAAAGGAACACGACGCUGCGUUGAUCUGGACAGAAGAUGUGAAAAAGGACUCGUUCAAGGCCUGUUUGCGAGAACUACAAAACUUUGAUGGCAAGCAUCAAGACAUUUAUGUGACCUGGUUUGCGUUUGCUAAGUUACAUAAACCACUCUUCACUGAGCAUGGUUCUGUAUACUUUCCAAAUACGGAUCCACCCACAGAUGAAGACAACAACGCUUACUGCGAGUUUGUACACUUUACACGAAGUUACAAUGCGAUACCAUCCGUCCAAGUAUCAGCUAAUCACAGCACAACAGCGAGUGGAAACAUGGCACCAGUUCAUAACGGUAUUUCUGCGUGGGUUGAGGUAAGAGCUUUUUACUUGGUAGACUUUAAAAAAUGUUAUAUCGGCUUAAAAAUAAUUGCUUGAUUAUCAAAAGUCCUCAUAAAAAUAGCCAUCAACUUUACCGUUAUUUCUGUUUUUAAUUCCUCUUACAGGAUGUAGUAGAGGACAAAAGAGAGAUUUAGCACCACGUUUACGUGAAACGUGGACGGCAAGAGUGACCAAGUGACCUUGUUUUUCCCACCAUUCUUUCACGUUUGCCAGUUGCCCUUUGCCGUUUCUAUA